CCGCCCGUUCCGGCCCGUCCUGCCCCGUCCGCCCCGCUGUGUCGCGAUCGGGAGCUGUCCCAGAGAAAGAUUUUAAUGGAACAGCAGAUUCAAUGAAUACUGGUCUUUUUUAUUUGGUGAUGGAUGCCAAGAGCUUGCAAGUGACUGUUUCCUGGUCUGAGUAAUUUGGGCAUGAAGGCAUGUUUUUUUAGUACACCAAGAGUAGUAUAGCAAAAGUACUCAUGGCUAAGAGAAAGGAAGAAAGUGUUUCAMAUUCUGGAUCCCAGAAAAGGCAGAGAAAAGAAUACACAGAUGUACAUACAUCAGAGGAGCCUGAUGAGGAAGAAGGUUCACAGUCACCUGAUGAUGAACUUGGGAUAAUUGAAAGUAUCCAGCUCAAGAACUUCAUGUGCCAUUCAAAUUUGGGGCCUUUUGAGUUUGGAUCAAAUCUCAAUUUCAUUGUUGGGACCAAUGGAAGUGGAAAAAGUUCUGUAUURACUGCACUAAUUGUUGGACUUGGUGGGAAAGCUACUGCUACUAACAGAGGUUCCUCAUUAAAAAUGUUUAUUCAAAAAGGAGAGACUUCUGCAGACAUUUCCAUAACAUUGCGAAACCAAGGUGGAGAAGCAUUUAAACCAGAAUUGUAUGGUACCUCUAUUACUGUGAAUCAACACAUUAAUCAGGAUGGAAGCAGAACUUGCAAACUGAAAAGCAAAUCUGGGACCAUAAUUUCGUCAAAGAAAGAGGAACUCAUAGGAAUACUGGAUCACUUUAAUAUACAGGUAGAUAAUCCUGUGUCUGUUUUAACCCAAGAGAUGAGUAAGCAGUUUUUACAGACUAAAAAUGAAGGUGACAAGUACAAGUUUUUUAUGAAGGCAACUCAGCUGGAACAAAUGAAAGAAGAUUAUUCAUUUAUUGGAAAAACUAAAAAACAUACCCUUGUUCAGAUAGAACAAGGGGAAUUGCAUCUUGAGGAACUUAGGAAGCUUUAUCUAGAAAAAAAGGAAGUUUUCAAAAGCAUUGCAUUUGUGAAUGACAUGAAAAACCAUCUCAAAGAUUUGAAACAUCAAAUGGCAUGGGCAGUGGUGAGUGAAAUGGAAAAAGAAAUAGAGCUGCUUAAAGAAGCCAUCAAAGCUGAAGAAGAAAAUACAGAAUUCCUUCAGAAGGUAGAAGAAUAUCAGGUAAAAGUGAACGAAGCAGAAAAAAAGUACAAAGCAAUACAAGACAAAUUAAUAACAGUAAGUGAAGAAGCACAAGCCCUGCAUCCCCAGUGUAUCACUUUGAAGGCUGAAGUGCAGGCGAAAAGAAAAGCAGUCAAUGAAAUUGAGAUUGUUUAUAAUCGUUCCAAAAUGGAGUUGAAACGUCUGCAAAAAGACAAUGAACAGCUAUGCAAACGAACUGAAGAACUGAAAAGCUGUUCUAAUCAGGUUUCAGAGCCUGAAAAACUGGAAAGACAAAGGAGAAUURCAUACUUAAGGGAACAGUUAAAGGCAUUCCAUGAUGAAGAAAUAAUGAUUGGUCAGCAGGUGGAUCAGUUUCAGCAGGCUAUAUCUAAGUGUAGGGAAGAACUUUCUAGAAUCAGGAGAGAAAACCGUGAUGUGGAACAAGCACUGGAUGCCAAACAGAAGCAGCUGAGAGACCUGAAAGAUAGUAAAACAAAUACUUUGAAAAGAUUUGGACCACAUAUACCAGCUUUUCUUGAAGCAAUUGAAAUAGCCUAUAAGCAAGGGCAGUUUAAAAAGAAACCUCUUGGACCUUUAGGUGCUUUGAUUCAUCCAAAAGAUCCUGAACUGAUCUUGGCUAUUGAAUCCUGUUUAAAAAGCCUACUUCAGGCAUUUUGCUGUGAUAAUCAUAGCGAUGAAAGAACUCUUGUGUUUCUGAUGUCAAAAUAUUUUGCACGUGGACAUAGACCUCAAAUAAUUGUAAACAAAUUUCAGAAUAAAGUUUAUGACACUAGUCAGAGAGCUGUUCAUCAUCCAGAAUUCCCRUCAGUUCUGACAGCAUUGGAAAUAGAUAAUCCAGUGGUUGCCAAUUGUUUGAUUGAUAUGAGGGGUAUAGAAACAAUUCUGCUGAUUAAAAGUAACCAUAAGGCUCGUGAAGUAAUGCAACGCAAUCGGCCCCCAAAAAAUUGUAGAGAAGCUUUCACUGCUGAAGGUGAUCAAGUAUUUGAAAGACGGUAUUACUCUUGCAGUUUUGUCAGACCCAAGUUCCUAAGUCAAGAUGUUGAAGCAGAAAUCAGUCACUUGGAUAAAGAAAUUGAAAACAAAAGGGCACAGUUGACAGCAUCUCAACAACGUUUAUAUUCCAUUGAAAAUGAGAUUAGGCAAAAUGAAGAUCAUCUCCAUGGUCAUCGACAACACCAAAAACAACURCAGAUAAAAGUAAGAACAGCAAAUGCAGAAAUCGCAGAUCUUGAAAACAUGGAAAAACAUCAGUCAGUGGACGCCCGAAUAUUAGAAGACGAAGCUGAAGAAAAUAAAGAUAGGAUGGAAUCUGUAAAACAAGAGAUGCGGCUACAAAGCAGACAGGUGGAAGAACUGAGAAGUAGUCUUCAAGCAGCUGAAAAAAAAUUAGAAGAAGUGAAAGAAAAAAUUCAUCGAGUAGAAGAAAUUGCUGCCCCGAUUAAGGCUGAAUUGAGCCAGGCUGAGCCAGAAGUGGAAAACAGUAAAUGCCGUUUGCAGCACUAUGAAGAGAAACAGAGAGAACACAUGGCGUGCAUAAAUAAGCAUAAAGGUUUACUAGCUGCCAAAGGAAAGGAAUUAGAGGAAGAAAUGGCAAAAGCGAGGCAAAUCUUCUCRGAGCGCAUCAAGGUCAGCAGAACUGUUAAAAGUCUUAAUGCAGAAAUGAAUCGCUUGAGAGAGAAAAUAGAUUCAGAAAGCAAUCUGCGUGGAAACAGAGAAGAAAUAAUACGGCAAUUUCAAUAUGCAAAGGAAAGAUAUGAGGAUGCAAGCAAUAAAGUGAAGAAUUUAAGGAGGUUUAUUGUGGUGCUGGARGAAGUAAUGGCAGAGAGGCUCAAAGUGUAUCGGCAGUUCUUAAGGAGCCUWUCUGUGCGAUGCAGACUCCACUUUGAGGAUUUGUUACGUCUUAGAGGUUGCUCUGGAAAUAUAAUUUUUGAUCACAAGACUGAGACACUUUCCAUAACAGUUCAGCCUCGAGAGGAAGAAAAAGCUUCCCGUAGUGAUCUGAGAUGCCUAUCAGGAGGUGAACGUUCCUUCUCCACAGUUUGUUUCAUUCUUUCUCUGUGGAACAUCUCUGAUUCUCCUUUCAGAUGCAUGGAUGAAUUUGAUGUCUACAUGGACAUGAUUAACAGAAGAAUUGCCAUUGAUAUGAUUUUGGAGAAGGCUUACUUUCAGCAGCAUCGACAGUUCAUUUUGUUCACCCCCCUGAGCAUGAGUUCUCUGCCUACGAGUCCCCAUAUUCGAAUCCUCCGUAUGCCUGACCCUCCGAGAGACCAAAGAAUAUUGAAUUCCCAAAAAAGGAAAGACAGAGAUGAAGAUCAAUAAGUAUCUCUGAACUUGAUAUUGUUGUCAGCUCUUCAAAAACAAUCACUUUUUAGAGUUCAGCUGUUUUUCUUUUUUGUUAUUUUGGGAGAUUUUUUAUUGUUGUUUGAUGUUAUGGGGCUACAAAAGCCAUUGAGACUACUCAGAGAACAAGAUUGCACUUCUUCACURAAUAGCAGUUCCUCAAUAAAACCUUAUUACUGUGUAAGUUUUAACUUGACUUUGUAGCCUAAUUUGUUUUCAAGUCACUGCAUUGGAUUAAACUUGUAGGUUUCUUUAAAAUAUGGAAGCUAGGUAAGACUUGAAGGAAAUACACGUCAUAGAAUCAAAGAAGCACAAGAAAUGCUGAGUUGGAAGAGACCCAUCAGCUGURUGAUGUUCCAGCUGAUUUCUGGCAACUUGAAGCCCCUCAUAAGGAGAAGGGCAGUUGAGGUGGAAGUGUCCCUUAGUUGCUCAAAGAAUCGUUCAUCAGUGUCACUGCCUGGCCAGGGGGUCUGUAGUGGGCUCCCAUGAUGACAUCUGCAUUGUGUGUUUGCCCCUUGAUUGUCACUAAGAGGGUCUCAACUGUGCCAUGGCCAGCCCCUCCCACUUCUGCCCAUCCCUCCAAAAUAACCUGUAACCAUGCAACAGGGAACUCCAAUCACAGGGUUUCUCCCACCCAGUGUCACACCAGUGAUACCAAAUCUCUGGGCUAAAGGCUUGAGAUGGCCUUGUUUGUUCCUCAUGCUGUGUGCAUUAGUGUAGAAACAUUUCAGGUGUGGUGCUUUGCAGCCAAAAAACCUGAAGGAGAUUGAGGAAUCCCAUUAGUGCUCAUUUUCUCAAAUUAUGAUUCACCAUCCCAUCGGUCACCACUGUCAGGCCUGGUUUCGUCCCAUUCUCCCUUCCAAGCUGGUUUAAAGUUUUGUCAGUGAGCCCCCUGGCUCCUGUGUUGAGCUUUUUCCUCUCUGACCUAGAAGUGUCUUGUCAGGUGUCAAUAGAGCAGGUGUUGAAUAGAUCAUCCCCUGGUAAAAAAAAAACAACUUUUUUUGCUUAAACCAGCCUUGGACCCACACUAGAUGUACCACCUGGUGGAUCUGCCUAUUCCUGUCCAUAUAUUCAUUGUUACCAGGAUUGUGGAAAUCAUUAUGUGUGCUUCUUAUCCUUCSACCUUCAACUCAAGGCCCUGAAGUCUCCUUUGCCCUCAGAAUUCUCUUUGUUUUUUCAUCACUGCCGGCUUGAACAAUGAAUAGUGGAUAAUAAUCAGAGUGCCUUACUAUCCUAGAGAGUUUUUCAGUAAUGUCUCUUACCUGUGCCCCUGGGAGCCAGCAGAGUUAGUUCUGGUCUGCAUAACAGGCCCUCUUUUGUCUCCCUCCCCACAGAAGGGAGGAUUUUGUUACAGCCAUCCUGCUUUUCCUGUUAACAGAGGAGGUCUUCAUGCAGGAUGCAGGAGGUGUUGCUUUAGGAGGCCUCUCUGGCCCAGAAGGAACCUUUGCCUCCUCAUGAGUUGUCUGACCUUGUUCCAGAUGCCCCUAUCUGUUGUAGAAGGUUCCAGUCCUACAUGAUUCAGAAAGUGGAACCUCCUGCUUUGUGGAGGAGGCUCCAGCCUUCAUUGUGAACAGACCUUUGACUAAAAAUCCCUUGGCUGAUUACCCUGCAGGGUUCUGAUUCCACCUGCUUCUCCACUACAGUGGAGGUUUGAGACUUCUGAGAGUCCUGACACUGUGGCAUCUCUGUAAUUAAUGUGUUCAUCUCCUGGUUGUUCACUCACUGUGUAGCCUGCUCACUUCCUCCUGUGGCCCCUUCACCUGGUGAUGCCUUAUCCAUCAGGCUAAUCUGAAAUAGAGGCCAGACAAAAUUAAGAGAAUGAGAAUAGACAACUUCAAUACAGGUCUAACAGGCCCCCUGGUACAUUGGAGUAGACAAAAGCCUCCUCCUGAGGCUACAGCUGAAAUGGACCCUGAGUCACGAGAUCUUCACCUUUUGUAAGUUCUGUCUUAUUAACAUAUUGGGUCUUAAUUCUCCAAUGAUCUUUGCAGGUGAUGAUGUCAAUCACCCCAAACUUGCUCCCCCCCAACUCGCUGUUGUUUCCAUAUUUUGGGGCUCUGAGGCAGUGAGGUGUCCUUGGAUUCAGGCUCAGAGAGGAAUUGUUUUGUUGAUUGUGGUGCAAGAGACAGCAGACAUUGAUUGAAGUGGGGAGGCUUUGGCUGAGGAAACCAGGAGGAGAGAUUGUUAUGAUGAAGAUAAAGAGGCAUUUGAGUGUGUUAUGCAAACAGGCUGUAAAAUCUCUCCCUGGAGGUUUUUGGAGUGUACUGAAUAGACUCCUCCAUCUCCUUCAAGCAGGGAGCUGGGCAAGAGAUCUGUGAAGGACCUUACCAGUCUGAACAAUUCUGUAAUUCCAUAAUUAAAGGUACUUAACACUUUUAGGAUUACGUGAAGAUACUGGGGGUCACUUUGCUAAGUGCAUACUUGGCAAACUUGUCUGGAGCCAGCAGCUCGAGGGAGGUGAUUCCAGCACUCUGCUGUGGUGAGAUCCCACCUGGAGUUGUGCAGCCAGGCCUGGGGUCCUCAGGUAGGAAGAGCAUGGACCUGUUGGAGUAGGUUCAGAGGAGGCCACAGAAAUGCUCAGAGGGCUGGAGCACCUCUGCUGUGGAGACAAACUCUGAGUUGGGUGUCUUGAGCCUGGAGAAGGCUCCAGAAAGACCUCAUAGCAUCUUCCAGUAAUUAAAGGGGCUACAAGAGAGCUGGAGAGGGACUUGUACAAGGGCAUGGGGUGACAGGACAAGGGAGAGCAGCUUUGAACUGACAGUAGAUAUCAGGAGUAAAUUCUUUAUUGCGAGGGUGGUGAGGCCCUGGAAUAGGUUGUCAAAAGAAGUUGUGGACACCUAUCUCUGGAAAUGUUCAAGAUCAGGUUGGCUGGGGCCCUGGGCAACCUGUUUUAGUGGAAGGUGGUCCUGCAGGGGUGGAACUGGAUCAUCUUUAAGGUCCCUUCCAACUCAAACCAUUCUUUGAUUCUAGGACAUGAUCAUAAGCCACGUUUGGCUUGUCUCAAUUUUAUGAUGGGAUUGGAUUAUGUUUCCAACCCUUUUACAGUGUGAGAUGAUAGAAUGGCAUUGCAUUGUUUCUUCCUGAUUUUCUUCACCAUCCCCCCCAAAAAAAAAAAAAAAGAAAAAAGGCAAGAGUGCAGAGGCAGGAAAGAGUAAAGCAUUUAUCUUCAUUAGUACUUCUAUAAUGAGUUGUGUGGAGAAAAUAGCUUAAGGAAAAUUAGUGCAUUCCUACUGAGCUAACACUUCAGCUUUCUCCUAGGAUUUUUAUAGACUUGAAAUAUUGGAGGAGGUGGCAACAAUUCUGGUCUUUGUUUCAAACCAGUACAUUGUAUUUAUUCUAAUCUACCUCUGUACUUGAUGAAGAUGUGUUGCUGAAUGUGUAAUUAUUAUAAGCAUAUUUUCAUGGUGGAGGAUUAAUUCCGAAUAAACGAUUAUUGAAGCCCUUGCAUGGAUGCACUUAUUUUUGCAGCAAUCCUACUAAGGUUUCAAAACUACCAUAUUCUUGAUAUUUUAGUAGAGAAUUUACUGUACUGGCUACCUAGACAGAAGAUUGCAGUGCUGCUGUUGCAUUUCUGAGUUUGAAUGUGUUUGAGU